CCAGGUUCGUUUCUCCUGCCACCUGCGUGGAGCGCAUUUUUGAGCAUUUUCCCAGCUCCCAGUUUUCGGGCCAUGUCAGCCUUUGUGACCGGCGCGAGCCGCGGCAUUGGCUUGGCCCUCGUGCAGGGGCUGCUCCGACAGGGCCGCCGAGUGGUGGCAGCGCAGCGCGGGCAGUCCCAGGCGCUUCAGGCCCUGCACCAGGAGUACCCGGAGCGAUUGCUGCCAGUUAAGUUGGACCUCACAGAUGAGGCCUCCAUCAAAUCGGCAGCUGCUGAAGCCGAGACCUUCGCAGGCGAUGUACAGCUCUUGGUGCACAACGCUGGUAUCAUGCACCCCUCUGGCCGUGGCGAGAACUCUGUAUCGCGGCUCGAGUUCAAUGCCUUCAGCCAGGUUUUGGCCACCAACGUUCUGGGUCCGGCCAUGCUCACGAAGGCACUUUACCCGCGGCUCAGGGCAGCCGCUGCAACUGAGCCCAGCAAGGUUGUAGCUGUCGGAGCCGGCGUUGCCUCACUGCAGGGCAACCAGGCAGGUGGUUGGUACUCCUACCGUGCCUCAAAGACAGCGAUGAACGCGUUCAUGAAGAAUUUGUCCAUCGAGGGAGCUCGCCACAAAGUCAUGGCGUUUACGCUCUACCCUCAGAUGGUGGACACUGCACUGGCCAAGCCCUACGUCAAGGGCAACCCGUACCCUGAGUUGAGAACUCCUGAGGAGACCGCAGAGCGCAUGCUCGAGUUGCUGCAGAGCUUUGGGCCUGCGGACACUGGCCGAUUCGUCAACAUCUGGUCAAAGGAGGACAUUCCGUGGUAGAUGUUCAGUGAGCGGAAUGAAAACAAGAAUAUGAAGGCUGGUUUCUAUUCGCGCACAUCGA